CAAACUAUACCAAAAACCAAGAACAAAUUAAAACCGCCCUCUCUUCUCAUUUUCUUUCUCAUCUAAUCUUCUUGUUGAACUGAUCAAAACAAAAAAGAGAGAUGAUGAUGGAUUUAGUGAAUUCAGUGUUGAAUUUUGUGGUUCCACCAGCAAGUAUGGUGAUGCUAGCCUUUGCAUGGCCAGCUUUGUCCUUCAUCAACACUUGUGAAUGGCUUUACAACUCUUUCUUUGGAGAAGAUAUGGAGGACAGGGUGGUCAUCAUCACUGGAGCUUCUUCUGGUAUUGGAGAGCAAAUUGCAUAUGAAUAUGCAAAGAAGAAAGUUCAUCUAGUUCUGGUUGCACGAAGAGAAAACAGGCUCUGGGCAAUCAGUGAGAGUGCCAGAGCACUAGGUGCAAAAAGUGUCCUGAUAACAGCUGCAGAUGUUGUUAAGGAAGCUGAUUGUAGGAGAUUCAUCACCGAGACUGUGAACUUAUACGGCCGUGUGGAUCAUCUUGUAAAUACAGCAAGUUUGGGUCAUACCUUCUACCUAGAAGAAGCCACAGAUACAAAUGUCUUCCCCAUUUUGAUGGAUAUCAAUUUUUGGGGAAAUGUAUAUCCUACCUAUGUAGCUCUACCUUACCUGAGGCAAAGCAGAGGCCGAGUCAUAGUGAAUGCUUCAGUGGAGAGCUGGUUGCCCUUGCCAAGGAUGAGCUUAUAUUCAGCAGCAAAAGCAGCACUUGUAAAUUUUUAUGAGACCUUGAGAUACGAGGUGGACAGUGACGUAGGGGUCACAAUAGCGACACACGGAUGGAUUGGGAUUGAAAUGACAGGUGGAAGAUUCAUGCUAGAGGAAGGUGCCGAGAUGCAGUGGAAGGAAGAAAGAGAAGUUCAUGCAUCUGGAAGUUCAGUGGAGGACUUUGCGAAGUUGAUUGUGUCCGGGGCCUGCCGAGGAGAUCCAUAUGUGAAAUAUCCGAGUUGGUACGACAUUUUCCUUCUCUAUAGAGUAUUCACACCAAAUGUUCUUCAAUGGACAUUUCGAAUGUUACUUGCAAACCAAGGUACCCGUAGAACUUCCCUCAUUGGCACUGGAAGGCCUCUUCUCGAGUCAUCUUCUCCUCUUCCUCCUCUUCCUGAGACAUCCUCUCCUCCGCGACAGCCUCUUUCCGAGUCAUCCUCUCCUCGGCGACAGUCUCUUUCUGGUUCAUCCUCUCCUCAGCAUCCAUCCUCUUCUCCACAGCACCCAUCCUCUUCUCCUAGAAGACGAGUGGGGAGAGUGGGGCCUGUUCCGAUGCAGCAGAUGGAGUGAAGGAGUAGGUCGAGUUCGUUACUUUAAUUUUGCAGUGGUUGUGUUCCAGGGUACUGUUGUGUUUCUUUAGUCAAGAUUUUGUGGAUAUCAUUGUAAGAGUUCACAAGAUACUACAAUCAAUAACAGGCUCAAUAAACAGUUGUACUUGGCUUGUUUAAGAAUGUUUGGAUUUGGUUUGGAAAAGCUUUUGGAUA